AUGAGCGACAGGGAGGACAAAACCUUAACGAAUAUGGCUGCUAGGACAAGAGGAGCAAGAUUGAUGUCACGGGGAGCUGCCAAUCAAUUAGUUGAGCAGGCUCCUGAUGCACCGGCCACUCAGACAGACAUUACUGAUUCAUACUAUGAGAGAUUCAGAAAGCUCAACCCAUCACUAUUUGAAGGUGGAUCUAAUCCUAUAGUUGCAGAGACAUGGAUUCGAGAGAUGGAGAAGAUGUUUAAUGCCCUGCAGUACCCUAAAAAUGUGAAGGUCAGAUUAGCCGUGCCUAUGUUAAAAGAGAAUAUUGAGUUUUGGUGGACUGCAAUAAAAAAUACCUAUGGGAAUAAUAACGACCAACUCAUUUGGGAAGAGUUCAAAGAGAUAUUUUAUGAUCAGUACUUCCUUGGAACAAUGAGAUUGGUUAAAGAGAAUGAGUUUCUGACCUUAAAGCAAAAGGAUGAUAUGACAGUGUUGGAAUAUGCCAACAAAUUUAACGAGCUAAACCGCUUCUGCCCCCAGCUUAUAGAGUCUAAAAGGAGCAAAGUUAACAGAUUUGAACAAGAUCUAAGAUAUGAAAUUCGAUCUCAUUUGUCUUCUUAUAUUUUCAAUGACUACAAGGACGUGCUGGAGCGAGCUUUGAAGGUGGAGUCAGAAUUAAAAAGAUCAGAUCUAAAAAGAGGAGAUAGAAAGAGACCAAGAUCAGCAAAAAAUUUAAAAGAUCAAUAA